GCCCAUUGAUGGUCUAGUGACUUCUGAAGAAGAGAAUGCUCCAAUUCAAAUCCUGCCGAACGUGGCCAUAUAAAGAAACCACCGCCAACUACGGGGCCCUAACCGAGAAUCUUCCACAGAGUCCUACAACCUUUUUCAAGGCUUGGGGUUGAAUUCCAUUUUCUUCGGAUAAUCGAAAUCAUCGAAAACGGAUAAAUUGGGUUUUGUUUUGAUCAAACCUUCUAUUGCAAUGGCUCUCGUGCACCCUGUAAUGGGAUUAAAUACUGUAGGACAGAGGUGGCUUCAUUUGAGCACGCGUAAAGCUCAAUGUCCUCGUCCUCUCAUUAAUGCCACAUUUCAUCCUCCUCCUGUGCACAAAGGUCUCAAUUCCUUUUCUCCUGCAAGAAGAAUAAGAACUGGCACAACAGUAAAGCGGACAGCCGGUAAAGCAAGAGCAGAGGUACAAGCAGCUGAGGAUGGCACAACUGCAGUGGAUAUGUUGAAUUUUAAACAUGUACUUCUACCCAUUAUUGACCGAAAUCCAUACCUUACAGAUGGUACAAAACAGGCUGUGGCAACAACUACAGUGUUAGCAAAGAAAUCUGGUGCAAAGGUCACUGUUAUUGUUAUUGAUGAAAAUGAAAAGGAUGCAAUAGCAGAUCACGAUGCACGGUUAUCUACCAUUCGUUGGCAUCUGGCUCAAGGGGGUUUUGAGGAGUUUGGAUUGAUGGAGAGACUAGGUGAAGGAAAGAAGCCUACAGCUGUUAUUGGAGAGGUUGCAGAUGACUUAAAUAUUGAUUUAGUUGUGAUUAGCAUGGAGUCGAUUCAUUCAAAGCAUGUGGAUGGAAAUUUGCUGGCAGAGUUCAUUCCCUGCCCCGUUGUCUUGCUUCCACUGUAGUUAAUCCUCUAAGGUAGAUUGGCAACCAUUUAAAUUGCCUUUUAUGAAGAACACAAAUGUGACAUCUCUGUUCUUUGUUGUCGCUGGUAUGUAUUCUCAUUGAAAAAAUUAUCCUAGGAAAUGUAUCUGAUGAUUUUUGGAGUACUUUAAGGGUUCAUCUUCUGAUUGGAGAAAACUUGUAGAGUCUGUUAAAGAAUGUGAAAGUUUUGAGUCUUUGACUCAUGAAUGGGGAUGUCUUUGUAUAUAAUCUCGGGAAAUAAUGCCUCAGGGUAAAAGGUGCUAGUUAUUGCUCUUUUAUCACCUUUGAAGAAUACAUAUGCAGGAGAAUUAAAUUAUUGACUCAUUUUACCUGUGGCA